UUUUUUUCUUCUUAGGACUACAUCUGCAACCCCUCCUCUCCCCUAAAACUCCGCUCGGACACUCAAAAGCUUAGGGUUUCCAUUCUUUGGCAAUGGUACACACCACAUCUCAAUUCAACCCCCUCAAACGCCCACAUAAACCCCUUUAGACUAAUCACAAUGACCAUUCCCUCUCAAAUCGAGGAAUUUUGUCGAAAUAUAAGUGGGCGCGCUCCCGUCGUAGAGCAGCAGCAGCAGCAGCAGCAUCAGCAGCAUGAUACAAUGCGCGCUCCCGUCUCCACCGAGAGCUCUUCGUUCACCAUCCCGGCCAGGAGAGUUGGAGCAGCCUGAGUCAAAGUUGUGUGGAGCCGCGGUAAAGGGAUGCGGUGGUGCCUAUUAGGCAGGUGAACGCAACACGCGGUGCAACGGUACAUCAAGCUCACAACGGUGGGACGGCUAGUCAUUUACGGCAAGGAUGAGCCUAAAAACCUUGUGCCCGAGCCUUCUUGUCCUGCUCGCGUGUCAGCUCUGCUCGUCACGGGACUGUGUUGAUCCCCUGGUUGCACCUCUCUAUGCCUCCUCCUUCCUGGCCUCCUCCAGAUAUAACUUCAUAUACUCUGCUAACUUUGCCAAACUAUAUGGCAGCAGUGGCUGGUCCCCCUCCCCCAUAGAUAGGCAGCCGUGGCUGCAGGUUGACCUGGGGAAGAAGUAUCGCAUCACAGCCAUCUCUACUCAGGGCACCUUCAACUCCUAUGACUGGGUGACCAAAUACAUGGUGCUGUUUGGGGACCGACCGGACGCCUGGAGCCCAUACGUCAUGAAAGGGGGAAACAUGACAUUGCCAGGCAACUGGAACUAUUACCAGGUGAAGAGGAACGUGUUCCACUACCCCUUCACUGCGAAGCACCUGCGGUUCCUGCCCAUGGGCUGGAACACCGAGAACGGAGGCAAGAUUGGCGUACGGCUGGAGGUGUACGGCUGUCCAUACGACUCCUAUGUAAUGCACCUUGAGGGCGACGACAUGGUGGCCUACACGUUCCCCGAGCAGUUCCGCACGCUGCAGGACCACUUUGCUCUGAACUUUAAGACCCUGGAGAGAGAGGGGGUGCUACUGCACAGCGAGGGCCAGCAGGGAGACCUUCUGACGCUGGAGUUAAAGAGGGGCCGCCUUUUCCUGCACAUGAGCCUCGGUAGCAGCACCGUGCACCAGACAGAUGGUCUGACUACCGUGAGGGCGGGGAACCUUCUGGACACUCAGCACUGGCACUACGUCACCAUCAAACGCUAUGGCCGCCAGGUCAACUUCACACUGGACAGCCAAACCGAGAUGACCACCCUCAACGGAGAGUUCAACUACCUGGACUUGGACUCGAAGAUGUAUGUGGGGGGUGUGAUCGAGAAGGACCUGCCCCAUCUGCCUGGCCGACCAAACUUCAGAGGCUGCUUGGAGAACGUCUUCAUCAAUGGAGUCAACAUCAUCAGGAAGACACAGUACCAGGAGGAGGACAUCCGGCUAGCCAAGGGAAAGAACAAGAUGCACUACACGUGUCGUGACCUCCUGUGGAAGCCCAUGACCUUCAUCGGGCCCAACAACUACCUGCAGGUGCCCGGCUUCUACCGCAAGCCCCGGCUGGCGGUCAAGUUCAAGUUCCGCACGUGGGACUACACGGGCCUGCUGAUGUUCACACGCUUCGCUGACGACCUGGGCUCCCUAGAGCUGGGCCUGAGCGAGGGACAGGUCAACAUCACGCUCUUCCAGCCGGGGAAGAAGAGGCUGAGGUUCGCUGCAGGCUACCGUUUGAACGAUGGCUACUGGCACACGGUGGACCUGGCGGCCAAGGACAACCUGCUUUCGGUGACUAUAGACGAAGACGAGGGCUCGCCGCUGAAGAUCACCAACCCCUUCAUGGUUCGGACAGGCGACCGCUACUUCUUUGGGGGCUGUCCGAAGACCAAUAACACGGGCCGGUGUGUGACGAAACUCAACACCUUCCAUGGCUGCAUGCAGCAGAUCUUUGUAGAUGACGAGCCGGUGGACAUUGACAUCAUGCUGCAGAGGAAAUGGGGCCGCUACACAGAGCUACUGCUAGGCACCUGUGGCAUAACAGACAGAUGUACCCCGAACCAGUGUGAACACGAGGGCCGAUGCAUCCAGUCCUGGAACGACUUCCUGUGCGUCUGUGAAAACACAGGAUACAAAGGAGAAGUCUGUCACAACUCUGUGUAUAGGGAGUCCUGUGAGGCGUACCGACUCAAUGGGAAGUACUGGUCAGGGAACUACACCAUCGAUCCAGACCUGAGCGGACCGCUGAAGCCCUUCAUGGUCUACUGCAAGAUGACACCGUUCAAGUCCUGGACAAUAAUUGAGCACAAUCGUAUGGAAUACACGAAGGUGUCAGGCUCCACUAUAGAUCGACCUUACAUAGGUGAGGUCCAGUAUGUGAAUUCCACCUGGGAUGAGGUCACUGCCCUGGCCAACACGUCCCUGUACUGUGAACAGUGGAUCGACUUCUCAUGCUACAAGUCCCGCCUCCUCAACACACCCAAUGGGAGGCCAUACAGCUUCUGGGUUGGUCGCCACAAUGAGAGUCAUGAGUAUUGGGGCGGAGCUUUCCCAGAGAGCGGGAAAUGUGGCUGUGCCAUCAACCACACCUGCACCGACUCCAAGUUCCAGUGCAACUGUGACGCAGACUACCGCCAGUGGUACUCAGAUAAGGGCUACCUGAUGUUCCGGGACCACCUGCCCGUCAGGAAGGUCGUUAUUGGCGACACCAAUCGCACUGGCUCAGAGGCUCAGUUCAGCCUGGGGCCACUCCGUUGCCAUGGAGAUCGAAGCAUCUGGAACACCAUAGCCUUCACCAAGCCCACCUACAUCACUUUCCCCACGUUCGUCCCCGGCCCCAGCGCUGAUAUCACGUUCCACUUCAGAACGUACCGUUCCAGUGGCGUGUUUGUGGAGAACGCAGAUGACCACCAUCGCAGCUUCAUGCGGGUGGAGCUCAACUCCACCCAUGAAGUGGCGUUUGUGUUCAUGUUGGGGGACGGCAUACAGAACAUCACGCACCGCUCGCCGCGCCCGCUCAAUGAUAAUGAGUGGCAUUACGUGGAGGCAGAGAUCAACGUGAAGAUGGCGCGCCUGAAGGUGGACUUCUACCCGGCCGCCAUCCGGAAGUUUCCGGGCCAAACCUACAUCUCCAUGCAGUUCACCCAGCCUCUCUUAGUAGGUGCUGCCAAUCACACGCUGAGGCCUUUCCUGGGCUGCUUGCGGGGGCUGCGGCUCAACGGCAUGCCGAUCGACCUGGAGGGGAAGGUCAACGAAGAGGUGGGGAUCCGGCGAAACUGCACAGGGGCGUGUCUGAACGCCAGCAUCCCCUGUCGCAACGGCGGCCAGUGCAUCGACGGCUACGCCGACUACUGGUGCGACUGCAACAACACUGCUUUUGACGGCUUCUACUGCCACAAGGAUAUCGGGGCAUACUUUGAGGCAGGCUCUUGGCUUCGCUACGACAUCCGCAGUGAGCCCAUCUCCGAGGACGCCUGGUGGGCCAACUACUGGAUCGACCCGCACUGGCACAACUACAGCCUGGGCUACAACGACACGACAGACGACAUCGAGUUCAGCUUCAGCACAGUGCAGACGCCCGCUGUGCUGCUCUAUAUCAGCUCCUUCUAUAAGGAUUACAUCGCCGUACUGUUAAACAUGGAUGGAAGUCUUGCUCUGAGGUACAAGUUGGGUCUGAUGACGUAUAAAUACCAACUCACCUACCGCAACCUGGCCGACGGCUACCCUCACUUUGUCAACAUCACCCGGCAUAACAGAACUCUGCGAACACAGGUGGACUACAUGGAGCCCUGGUAUGAAGUGGUGGCUCUGGAGGUGGACGCCAGGUUUGACUCUCCCAAGUCUAUGUUCCUGGGCAGAGUCAUGGAGGUGGGUGAUAUAGACUAUGAGGUUGCACGGCACAACAGCCCCGGCCUACAGGGCUGCAUCUCAGGCGUGCGCUACAACAUCUUCGCCCCACUGAAGACGCUCUUCCGGCCGAACGUCACAAAUCCGCCAGUAACAACGCAUGGAUAUCUGGUAGAGUCCAAUUGUGGCGGGUUCGUCCCUAUACAUGGCUAUGUUCCAUGGGAGGUGGACCCCUGGUGGACCGGCCUAUUCUUCUACUACAUCCACGAUGACGUGACCCCACCUUGGAUGACCCUAAUCAUCGGAGCUGCAGCCAUUCUUCUCUUCCUCAUCCUGUAUGGGCUGUAUCUGUAUCUGUACCGGUAUAAGGGCAGCUACCUCACCAACGAGCCCAAGAACCUGGAGUCUCCCAGCAGCUCGCGACCGCUCACCGAACCCCCGACCAAGGAGAAGGACCUGACCGAGCUCCAGGAGUAGCCCUUCAAGGGCUAGCGUACUAGUGCUAACUCUCUCUUCCUUCAGCUUUCACUCUUUUCUUUCUGUCUCUCCGUUACAUGUCUCUUUCAGCUGUUUCUAUUCCCUCCUCCUCUCCCUUUUACCUGUUUGUGUGACUGAAGCAAACUGGUUGACAGAGAACGGGCACCAUAGGAGUGUUUGCUAAUAUUCCCCGAGGACCCCAUCAGGACCCCAGGGCUUGCUGACAGAAGUGCCUGAGUAAUGAUAACGCGAUAUCACAUAAAAAGUGUAGAACUGUUAGAGGCAAUCACUAAGAAAGCUAAGAGGCAACAACUCUACCCGCAACCCAACUCUCCCCUGCUGUCUCCACCUCAGAGCUCCCUCAGUGACCCCUGACCCCGAGGGAAGUAGGGAGUGCGAGACAAAUGGCUCCUCUCACAAGAUUCCCAAUCAUCUCAUACUGUCAGGAUGACACGGUCACAUCUCCAGCAGUGUGACAUGACCAUCAUGCAAAAAGUAUAUUUAUACGUGUCAUGAAAUUAUACCUACGGUCCGAUUCUAUUAGAAAAGCAUGAAACCAUCAGAAUAUCCAAUGAAAUAUGAGAAGCAUUAUUUUGCAACAUGCACUGAAGUAUAAGGCACAUUGGCAAUACUAAGAUCCUAACCUUUGUAUGAAUAUUUAUCAUUUAUUAUUCGUAUUUAUCGUAGAUUCUACAGACUAUCUUCAUAUCUGGUACCGUUUUUGAAGAGGGGCAUUAGCCUGGGCACCAGUUUUGAGACAUCAGCACAACUUAUGAGAGGGCCUAAGGUGUUGGCGUGUAACAUUGGCAACCUGGCAUGAGACCUCAGCAAAGCCUCCACAGUGUGUAAAAAAUAGGAUCUGUCGGAGCAGCAGAACUCCCAGCAGGUCACAGGGAAUAGGAAGUCUAAAGCUGUAGCUAUCUGAAGACAAGCAUUUUUUGGAGGCACAAGGUUUUCAUGGAAAACUGUAAAAUACUGUAAAAAAAAGUAGUUACGCAAAUAUUCAGCCUCUUCAUAAUUCAUUCUGUGCAGGUCACGCUUAUCUGCUUUUAGAAAAGCAUUUCCUUUCAUCCUCACUCAGGCUAAUGUGGUGUUGCAGAACAACCCAUCUGGUGCUAGUGAGUGCUAUCUCCUAGGUGUAGGGUCAGGUCUGGAACUAGAAACUGGGUCGAGUCACCCUCAUGAAGGGUUUAGCCAUCAGUGCAUGCACUCUGUGACACAAUAUGGCCGGUGUGUGUGUGUGUGUGUGUGUCUAAGUGUUUGUAAGAGCAGAGUACUGGUGUUUGUAGGUAGGAAGAUAAAAUAAUAAUAAUAAUUAAAAAUAAAACGUGACUCAGGGUUAGUUGGACACAGGAAGCGUGAUGUUUACUCCCCUCCGUGCUUCUUUCCUCUUAAGAUCUAAUGGUGUAGGGUGAGAUGUCGGCUGACAGGGGUUGGCAGGUGGAGGCAAGAGGGUUACGAUCCCUCCUGUGGGUACUCCCAGCGAGUCUAAAAUGUCCGUCACCUCACUGAACCAAGACAGAGUGUUCAGUGAAUCUCAAGCAGCCCUAAGUCAACAGCUGCGGCUACACCGAUAGCCCGAGGAAGGACUCCACCUGGUGUGAACAAUCAAUAUGCCGCAUCACGCAGGUCUCUUCAGUUCGACUGGAACAAACACCUGCAGCCCUCUGUGGACAGACUUGGACAGUCCUGAUUCUUACUCCACAUCUAGGAAAGACGAAAUAUGUUUGUCCAGGUUAGAUCUGUCAGUACUACUAAGUGUGUUUAUCGGGAUUAAAAUACAUUGAUCCACUGAAAAUACACUUACUAUGAAUAAAUGUUAGUGCCAUGUGGGCAGGUCUGCGUCAACAUAUUGACUAUUCUGCUUGUGGUCUAGUUUCAGGUAGAUGGUGGUCUUUAGCUAACUAUGCUGCUUUUUAGUAAUUGUAGUGAUUUGGUCUUUUCAUUACAUUUACAGUGGCUGCAAUGUUGGGCAACUGAAUGUGCUUCCGUAGAAUUCAACCGUUUCACCUUGGUGUGCUGCCAUGUGAUCAUCAGGGACGGCUGGCGCCUGUCCUCUGCUGUUCAGCUGAAAUAUGACCUCGGUUCAGAUUUCAGAUGUGUCUGCUUUCUUUGUAUUCAGUCUAUUUUUGUUACAGUCACAAUACUUGCAGUGGUAAUGCUGAAUCAAGCAGACCAGAGUCCUCUACCAGAGGCCUGCCUGUGUGGCGGAGGCGUUUAUGCUAAUAGUCCUUCCCUUCCCAGCGUUAGAGGGUGUCUCUGAGUGGACCGCGCAAAUGGCUCCUCGAGUUGUCAUGUGACUCUUCAUCGCCUCCCAGUGGCCACACAGCUCUACUGCAUGCAGCAGACUGGAAUAGAGUUGAAUGUGAUUAGACUCUGGGAUCAAUUACGUCAUCCUUCACAAGCGUGCUGUAGUAUUCAUCUGUGUGACGCUUGCUAUAUGACAGCAUAUCUGUCGCCGCCGCGCAGCUAUCCAUGAGCUCAUCGUAACUAAAGCGGUAGGUGGUGAUGCUCUAAUGCUCACAUCAGCGCUGCCACAGAAGAAGGACAAGGUCAGAGGUCAUUAGAGAAGAACUAGAUAGAAGCCAUGUGCCGUUUUUGAAAAGCUAUGCAUCCCAACAGCAUGUCUUCUGCACUUUGCUUCGUAAUGCAAUAAUGAGAGUUUCUUUCGCUUCCAGUACUAGUUCAAUCACCUAAGACACCCUUUAUUGCACUUAGAGUCUUAUAUUUAUGUACACAUAAAUAUAUAAAAUGUAUAUGAACUUUUUUUCCUGAUUUGACUGGUUUGUACUGUAAUGGUUGAAAGACGCUGAAAGUGAGUUUGGAUCGCGAGUGUUAGCGGGAACUAUGGAUCGUGUUGCUUCAUGCGCGUGUUGUGUCUGUGAUGAGUCUGACGGAGGAAUUGGCUGCUAGGCAAACCCACUCCAUUCAGUCCACUGUGUCCCACUCUUCAUGCGCGUGCUGUGUCUGUGAUGAGUCUGACUGAGGCAAACCCACUCCAUUCAGUCCACUGUGUCCCACUCUUCUACCUCUGGAUGACCACUAUUCAUUAUUUCAUAUAUCCGCUCCGUGUCCUCCCCCACCCAUCCCAGGUCUCACCUCCCUGACUUUGUUCCCUCUUUGUCCAACUUCCCCCUCCUUCCCGCUCCCCUCCAGGUCUCUCAUCUCAACGCAGUUCAAGACCACCAUGUCUUACAAAACAGGGAUUCUCGUAUCAUUGUAUAUUUGUAUUAUCUUGUUCUAAUAGUGAAUAGAGAAUCCAUUUCAGGUGGGCUGUUGGUCAUGCCACCUCUGAUGCCACUGGGUUGUCACAUCAGUCUCCCCCUCUCUGUCCAUUAUGUAUGAGCUGAUUUAGCUUGGUGCAAGUCAAGGGUUGUAGCCAGUUUUACUAAAGCCUUCACGUGUGGGGCAUAAACCUGUGUAAAAAGUGACUUAAGCAUUCCUAGCACAGCGUAAUGUAUGUCUUUCAAAUGGAAUGUGUGUACAUAGAGACUCAUAUGCUCAUUACUCUAAGUUAGUGUUCAGGGAUCAGCUGUUUUGGAUAGGGGGGUCAAAUGUAGGUUGUAGAGGAUCUCUGGAUGGUCCUUCAGGUCCAUGAUAGGAUGUUGGCUUUGGCGUUUUUUUGCUAUUGUCUCUUUUCUGAUUAAUCACUACAUCACAGAUGAAGGUGAACUAGAAGAGUGAGUUUGGUUCACAAGGUCAGAGUUCAAGUUUUGGGGUCAAAGGUCAGGGAAAGUUCUUCUAGGUCGCCUGCAGUGUUUCACUAUUUUUAGAAAAACAUUGAUUAUUCCUAUUUUUUUCCUUUUGUAGUCAUCUUGUAAACAUUAUUUUUCUGUGUUACUACCGUUGUAUAUAACCAUGACUGUGUAAAAUUGAGACGCUAAACCAAACUGUCACUUCAAUAAAAUGAGCUUGAAGGAA